CAGUUUCUCACAAACACACACACACACCCUGUACAGCCCAGGGCUGGCGCUGCAGCAGAGUAAGAGAGCAGACAAUUGCAAGAGAAGAACCGGGAAUGCUGCUGUACUGGCUGGAGAACGAGAAAGCGACAGAAAGAGCACCCUGGAGAUUAUAGUGACAGAGCCCAAGCACAGACGACGCAGGACAUGCGAUGGUGACUCUGAGAGGUUUAGCACGUGCUACAAGGCUGCCUCGAAUGCAUUAAUUGGCUUCUCGCUGCACCGUGAUUGUGGGAUCAUUCAGCCGAAACAGGGCAGGAAAAAGCAGGCAACCCUAAGAUGACACUCGGCAUGUUCUCUCCUCUACAUCUCAUGCCUUACGGCUACUCCACCCAUUCCCUCAGCAAACAGCGCUGAAUUAAUCAGAGCUGUCCGCACUAAGAGGAUCAGUAGCUGAGACGGUGCUUGUGAUGAGUGGAGUGCUUACUUUUUUGGAGGGAAUGUGUGCUACCUCGACCAUCAAUAAUUCCAGGACUUGACUGGAAUACUGAGGACAACCACAGCCCACCUGACCGGAUUGGAUCUGUCAUCCUUCUCUCCAUGGAGCCAGGAAUAUUAUGGUUUCCUGGAGUCAAACGCUUGCAUAUCUAUCAUCAAAAUGAAGCGUUUUCCUUGGAUGCCUUGGAGAAAACGCACAUGAGGAACAGUUGUCAAUAAAAAGACUUCAAAAUGAGGAUUUACCUUGAUGAGUUUCAAAUUCCACAUAAAAGGCAGUGGAAAGACCCUCGUGCUACGAUUUGUUUGUUGUUUUUGCUCUACUACUAUGGAAUAACCCUUUGACAUUCUCUGUUGACAUGCUCGUCAAGUUGCCUUAACGUUUUGUUUAUGCACACUGCCUAAAUAGAAGUUUAAAUGCUUAAAGCAUCUUCUCAGGACUCUUCCAUGGAGUACUAGACCAGAGAAGAUGUUCUUUGUGCCGCUUUGGACAGAAUUCUUGUUGCUGAGAUGCUUGGAGCACAUUUAUGUAGUGGAGGUAUGUAAGUAGAGGGUAUAAUGGCUAUCCCAAGGGCCACAUAAGAGCUUUUCAUUUCCAAGAGAGAGAAGCCAACCAAACCAAACCUUUGCUUAAAUGAAGACUGGCCGCAGUUGCACAGGAAGAGAGAAAAAAAUGAUGCACGUCAACAACUUCCCGUUCCGAAGGCAUUCUUGGAUAUGCUUUGACGUGGACAAUGGCACGUCAUCAGGACGGAGUCCUCUGGAUCCCAUGACGAGUCCAGGUUCAGGCCUGAUACUUCAGGCAAACUUUGUGCACAGCCAGCGGAGGGAAUCCUUCCUGUACCGCUCCGACAGUGACUAUGACCUUUCACCUAAGUCCAUGUCCCGAAAUUCCUCCAUCGCCAGUGACAUGAAUAACCACCUGCAGAGGCCGGGCCUGGUCUCUCGGAGAUCUGAGCCGGUUAUUAGUGGAAAUCAUGGCGAUGACUUCAUCGUUACACCUUUUGCACAGGUGCUGGCUAGUUUGAGGACAGUACGGAAUAACUUUGCCGCGUUAACGAACCUUCAGCAAGAUCGAACGUCCAACAAGCGAUCGCCCAUGUGUAAUCAACCACCUCUCAUGAAGGCCUCCUUCACAGAGGAGGCCUACCAGAAGCUGGCCACCGAGACCCUGGAGGAGCUGGACUGGUGCCUGGACCAGCUGGAGACCGUGCAGACCCGACACUCGGUCAGCGAGAUGGCCUCCAACAAGUUCAAGCGGAUGUUGAACAGGGAGUUAACGCACCUAUCUGAGAUGAGCAGAUCUGGUAACCAGGUCUCAGAGUUCAUCUCCAACACAUUUUUAGACAAACAGCAUGACGUGGAGAUGCCCUCCCCGCAGACACAGAAGGAGAAGGACAAGAAGAAGAAGCCCAUGUGUCAGAUCAGCGGCGUGAAAAAACUAAUGCACAGCACCAGCCUCACCAACUCCAACAUUCCUCGCUUUGGAGUCAAAACGGAUACGGAGGACUCUUUAGCCAAGGAACUGGAGGACGUAAACAAAUGGGGCCUUAAUGUUUUUAAAGUCACAGAGUUUUCAGGCAACAGGCCUUUAACGGUGAUGAUGUACACUAUAUUUCAGGAGAGAGAAUUACUUAAAACAUUUAAAAUUCCCUUGGACACCUUCAUAACAUACCUGAUGACCUUAGAAGAUCAUUACCAUGCAGACGUUGCAUAUCACAAUAACAUUCAUGCUGCUGACGUCACCCAGUCCACACACGUUCUGCUCUCCACACCUGCUUUGGAGGCGGUUUUCACAGACCUUGAAAUUCUUGCUGCCAUUUUCGCCAGUGCAAUUCACGACGUAGACCACCCAGGUGUCUCGAACCAGUUCCUUAUUAACACUAACUCCGAGUUGGCGCUCAUGUACAAUGACGCAUCAGUGCUGGAAAACCAUCAUCUUGCCGUCGGCUUCAAACUCCUGCAGGAGGAAAACUGUGACAUCUUUCAGAACCUCAACAAAAAACAGAGACAGUCGCUGCGCAAGAUGGUCAUAGACAUCGUCUUAGCUACUGAUAUGUCCAAACACAUGAACCUGCUGGCCGAUCUGAAGACGAUGGUGGAGACGAAGAAGGUCACCAGUUCUGGCGUGUUGCUCUUGGAUAAUUAUUCAGAUAGGAUACAAGUGCUACAGAACAUGGUCCACUGUGCAGACCUCAGUAACCCCACCAAACCGCUGCAGCUGUACAGACAGUGGACGGAUCGCAUCAUGGAGGAGUUCUUCAGUCAGGGAGACAGAGAGAGAGAGCGAGGGAUGGAGAUCAGCCCCAUGUGUGACAAACACAACGCAUCAGUAGAAAAGACUCAGGUGGGCUUCAUUGACUACAUUGUCCAUCCACUGUGGGAGACUUGGGCCGACCUCGUCCACCCGGAUGCCCAGGACAUCCUGGACACAUUAGAGGACAACAGAGAGUGGUACCAGAGCACCAUUCCUCAGAGCCCGUCUCCCACUCCAGACCAGCCCGAAGAGGGCAGCCGAUCCGGCGGCGCCGAGAAGUUCCAGUUUGAACUGACCCUGGAAGAGGACGGGGAGUCGGACACGGAGAAGGACAGCGGCAGCCAGGCCGAGGAGGAAGAGGAUGAGGACAACAGCUGUAGUGACUCCAAAACGCUCAUCACGCAGAACUCGGAAUCCACAGAGAUUCCUGAGGGCGAGGAGGGGAUUUCCGAGGAAGUUUCUAUGGAACCCAGCAUGGACGAGGAGGAGGAAGACGAGCAGUCUGCAGAUACAUAGCAGUGUGUCUGGACCACGUAAACUGAACGCCACGAUGGCAAAAAACGUGAAAUAUUUAAUAAUUGACAGUGAAAUUGACUUCCAAAGCGCACGUUGCACUCCGAGACCUUGGCCUCUCUUUCUGUGUCUCAUUCAGUCUCUCUAUGAGCUGCCUGGAGACAAAAGGACAUUAAGACUUUGGUAGGUUGUCGUUUUAUUUACUCAGGAAUAACAUUUAGUCCUCUUGUUUUUUCAAGCUUUCUUUUGUUUACCUUCGCCCGGCCCGCAUCUUCAAGCAGACGGCUGAUGAUGUCUGUUGACACUGUCUGCGCAGGCGCCCCUCCUCCUGCUCUUCUCUGUGGUUCUUCCACGCCAGGUCACAUAACCGUAUGGAGGGCCGUUACUGUAGACGCCCGCUGCACAAAGCAAUCGGAGGAGAUUUCGAUCACAGAAACGACACCAGCCGUGGCCAGUGAGGAAAAACAUAGAAAGGAAUGCAUUUCCUUGGAUUUCAAGGAGACCUGUUUUUCUACGUUUUAAGUCUUCCUAAACUUUGACUGAAUACAGACAUAAAACACAAUUUGUUGCUGUCAUGGCCUCUUGGAUGAUUUUGUACGGUAUACAUAAAGAUUUUUACGUUACUUUUAAUAACAAAACAGCAGCUGUUGUGUUUUCAAGGAAACUUAACGUGAAGGGUAACUUGCAAGUACGCAACGUGACGGUCGCCCUGCGUCAGGUUGUGCUUUUUCCAUCAUACAUCACUGCUGUGUUGCACAAAUCCUCUCCUUUUAGAUUUAAGAAGCUGUACAUAAUUUUUCUGUUUUGUUUUUUUUACUUAGUAAAACAUUUACCUCCAGUGAGCCUCUUAAUACUUAAUACUUUUUUGCCACUUUACACCUGUAGUUUUAUCGUGUUUCAAAGCAAUGAUUUUGGCGACACGUUACUUGAACGUGAAUGUUCUCUUAAUGCAUUCAUAAUGCAUCAUAAUAAUAUGUGUUCUUAUGAAUAAUUGUAACCGGGUGAUUCUCAUGAAACCCAUCAAGAAAAUGUCAUGGUCAGUUAACUCAUUAUACUCUUUAAAGGUGUAACCAUGAAUGCAACGUUAGAAUUAUAACUUUGGUAACAAUUAUUUUUGAAACAAUAUUAUCCAUUACAGAAUGAAUUUUAUGUCAUUAUAAAUAUCUUUAUAAUUGAUUAGAAAGGCUUCAAGUAAAGUGUUAUCAUGCUUUCUCUAAAAAUCCGCCUUAUAAUCCUUAUAGACAUUUUAAUCACCAAGCCAAGGUGGGUGUUUUUUUGUUUGUUUUGUUUUGUUUGUUUUUUUUGCUAAGAAAACAUUUUUUUCUAGCUUAUAACUCCAGGUCAACCAAAUCUUUUAAUGACAACAUCCUGUUAUGGGUGUAUCACACAUUAAAAGGUAUUUAAUUAAAGUACUUCGGUAAUAACGACAUCUGUUUGCACAAGCCGCUGUUGGAGAUUUUAUAGCGUGCAAGACUUUGAACUCGACACAAUUAAAUCGUGCUCUUCAUUAUUUAUUUAUUUUUAUUUUGCCUUUUUCUGUUUAUUUAUUUACUGAGGAUUUGAUACGAACUUUAAACUACAACCUACAGUGGUCAUUCUGAAACCAUAACUUAUAGGUCAAAAGUUCUGCGCACAGAUAAUCUACGAUCAUAGAGUACGCGUUGUGCAAUGCUUUCCGAAAUACGAUUACACAAGCUGUUGGUAUGACAUGAUUUCAUUGCUUGUUUGUUUGACGUUUUGAGUCAUAAAACACAAAUCGUUCAUCCCAUUAGAUCAGAGAUUUUUCUCUUAGGGCUAGAUGCAGUUUAGCGUCAAUUCCGCAUUUGCGCACUUCAUGCCAAAAGUUCUCCAUGCACUAUGCGACACGCGGCGCUCUUUGGCUUUUAAUAAAGAAUUAUUAUUUAUACGUGUAUAUGGUUUUAUUUAUUAUGUUGCCGUAUUGCUUCUGUACUGUAGACCAUCAACUGUAGCGUAAAGUGUGUGGACUUGCAAGUUACUAAAAACGAUCGUCUUUUUGUUGUGUACAUAGAACAAAACUUUUUAAAAGCUGUAGGAAAUAUAACAUGCUCACAGAAACUUGAAUUCUGGCUUUUGAGUAGUACUGUUUUUUGUAAUGUUUAUAUAUAUAUAUAUAUAUAUAUAUAUAUAUAUAUAUAUAUAUAUAUAUAUAUAUAUAUAUAUAUAUAUAAUAUUAUUAUUAAUAUUAUUUAAGUUUGUGCCAUGAUAUUUCUUUCCUCACCAGAUGACCUUACCUAAUUAUGGAUUUUAUGUUUUCGUUAUUUUUUUGCUGUUUACAACGAUGUAUUUAUUUUGCUGUACAUAUUGUAAUUUUUGUUGUAAAUGAUGACAGAUUCUAAACUUCAUGCCGAAUGGCGAUGGAGUUGAUGUAUUUGGUAAACUCUUGUUGAGAGAAUGUUUAUUAUUAUAAAUAUUAUCCAAUGUAAAAAAAAGAUUAAUAUUCUCUAUAAAAAUGAAAACGAAAUAAAAAAAGUUACCUUCAAGCUUGUUUAUGGAAAACUAGGCGAAAAGCCAAACAAAAUGAGAGAAGUCGCCACUGGCGUUUGGCCCCAGGGCUGUGCCUUAACUUAAAAACGUCUUUUAUAUGUCUAUAUGUCUGUUUGUACAUGUUCCGUCUCUUUACGUGUUAGAGAACUGUCUGAGAGGAUGUGUAAUCCAUUAGCUGCCAGGGUAUCAGGGCAUAUUAUGUGCUGCAUUUAAAGCUAAAGCUUAAGACAUUAAUUUGAUUUAUUAUGUUUGUUUUUUUUGGUCCAAUAGUGGCACAUAGUGAACACUGCUGUCAUUGCUUUGGUUUCGGAUGCCGAAUGCAAUGCAGUGGAUGCAAUAGACUCUCAGAUCUGCGUAGAAACAGUUCAGUUUGCUCUAGAGGUGCUUGGCUGCUCGUAAUCUUCUAUUUUCAUGCUGUUCUUUAACUUCGUUCAGGCACCGUCUGCUACCUUUGUGUCAUCCAGCCUUGUAGAUGUGCUUGUGCACAGUUUCAGAUGUUAAAUAAGCGUAUUUUCUGACACACAUACUGUAGAUUUUAGCAGCCCUGGACCAAAGCCAAUCAUGGCUAUUAUUAUUAAUUAUUAUUACUGGUAUUUUUUCAAUGUCAUUAAAGGGAUACAUGAACUGAUACUUUAACAUUGAUUUCUAAGUUCUGAUGAUACUUUUGUCAGUUUUUUGAUGGUACUGUAGAUCCAACUCGAACCGGUUCAAAGUCCAUAAACUAAACAUUUUUAUAUGCAACAAAUGAAAUAAAAGCAUGGGUUGAUUACA